GCGAGUGUAAUAUCGUUAUCGGUGGAUUUACAAGUGUUUUUUCGUACAUUUCAACAAAAAUUAAUACAAUUAAGCUAUAAUUAGCUUGUUUGCAGUAAAAUGAACAAUCUAGAUAGUUCAUUGCAGGCGCACAACAAAUUGGAAAAGGAAGCAACCAAUUUGGCCAAUUUGGCAACCAAUUUGGAUAAGUACCAUGAUCUCUCCACGCAAAUGUCCAGCAUUCUUACCAUCUUUGAGAAGCGCCUUGGUAACCUAGAGCAAACUAUAUUGCCCGUGUAUCAGGAAACGGAGCAGCUACAGAAGCGACAGCAAAACCUAGAGGCAACACUCAAUUGCCUGGAGAGCGUACUCUCGCACUACGAUGUCUCCCAGGAGGUGUGCCAGCUUAUACAUCAGGGGCCGCUGGAGGGAAACAUAUCCGUGUUUCUGGAGGCGCUGGCCAAGCUGCGCGCCGCCAUGGACUACUUUUUGCACAACAAUUCGCAAAGUGUGGAGCUGGAAAAUGUCACCAGUCUCUUCAACACCGGCUGCGAGGGCCUGAACCAGCACUACAGCAUGCUGCUGAAAAAGCACAGUGCCCCACUGAAGCCAGUGGAGCUGCUGGAUCUCAUCUACAUUGAAGAUGACUCAUCCAGCGAUGAGUACACCUCCUUUCGCCAACUGUCGCAGACCACCCGCGAGGAGUUGUUCACGAUUUCGCACUGGCUGGAGCAGAACAUGCGCGAGUACACCCACAUCUAUGCCACGGAGAGGGGGGAUGUGGUGCUGCGCUCGCUGCAGCUGCUGAAAGAUCAUCAGAAGAGCAACAGCUGGGGCCACGAAGCUUUGAGACCUCGCCACAGCGGACGCCAAGCGGAGCCCAAGAAGAACACCUCGGCGCGUCUGCAGCAAAUUUUCGAGAAGAAGGCCAACAAGCUGUAUCUGCGGGCGACACAAACCAUUGAGCAGUCGACUGGAUUCUCCAUUAAGAAGGCUUCAUCCCAUUCAGAUCACUUGACCUCCGAGGACCUGCUGGAUGGGGACCAGGAGCUGGACAAGUAUCUGGUCAUGCUGCUGGGCCUGCAGCGGCUGCUCAACUGGGAGCGAGCCAUUAUGCACGACAUAAUACCGCAGUCGAAGCACAACGAGGUCUUUGCCCGUCUCGCCUUCAAUGCUAUCGAGCUGGUGGUCAAGGAUGCGGAGGCCAUUACCCAGCGCAUUCUGCGCUGCAUCUCACGCAAGGAGUGGACCUCGGCCCUGGGUAUAUUUUCCGCUCUGAAGCGUGUCAUACUGCUCCAGCCAGACAUUGAGCGCACAUACGAUCCGGCUCAGCGGGAACAGCUCACCAAGGUGCUCAAUAAACUGCAGCAUACGGGCGCCAAGGCUUUGGAGCACUUCCUGGACGUGGUCAAGGGCGAAUCGAGCACAAAUAUCGUCGGCCAGAGCAAUGUGCCCAAGGAUGCCACCGUUCACGAGCUGACCUCCAAUACCAUUUGGUUCAUUGAGCAUUUGUAUGAGCACUUUGAUGUGAUUGGCUCCAUACUGGCCCAGGAUGUGCUCUACUCCACGCAGCUGGACACCAUACUGAUGAAGAAGGCGCUGCCUGGCGAGGAGCGCAACAAGGCUCUGCUGGCCAUCUACAUAAAGAAAGCGCUGGCGGAAUUGAAUCUGUCGAUUAUGAACAAGUGCGAGCAGUACAACGACCAGGCCACCAAGCAUCUCUUUCGCCUCAACAACAUCCACUAUAUCCUUAAGUCGCUGCAGCGCUCGAACCUCAUUGAUUUGGUGACGCUGGCGGAGCCGGAUUGCGAGCACAGCUAUCUGGAAAUGAUACGCGAACUGAAGGCCAGCUAUCAGAAGACCUGGUCCAAGAUGCUGCAGGGUAUCUACUCCCUGGACGAGCUGCCCAAGCCAGUGGCUGGCAAAGUCAAGGACAAGGAUCGCAGUGUGCUCAAGGAGCGAUUUUCUAACUUUAACAAAGACUUUGAGGAGGCCUGCAAGAUACAGCGGGGCAUCUCCAUACCCGAUGUGAUACUGCGCGAGGGCAUCAAGCGUGACAAUGUGGAGCACAUUCUGCCCAAAUACAAUCGCUUCUUCGAGAUGUAUGCCGCCGUGCAAUUUAGCAAGAAUCCCGAUAAAUACGUCAGGUACCGGCCGCACGAGAUAAAUGCCAUGCUGAGCAAACUCUUCGAUGACUCCGCCUAGAUGUGGUCGCGUGGCCAGGAUUCCAGUGCAUUCCGUUUGCUCGUAAGUUCGUUCGUUUCGUUUCGGUUCGGGGGGUUUAAUUCAAAACUCAAUAAAUAUCGCUUUAAAAAAAUACAAUACA